AUGGUUUCGAAGGUCGCGUCCGGCAUAGACAAGGCACGGCAUAUCUUGUCAAAGUUGGGACGUCCGGAGGACCACGGCGAUGCCCUGAUCCCACCGGUCACGGCCGCUGAGUUCGUCAAGGACGGAGACGCCAAUGCCAAAGGCGGAGAGACGAAAGCAGGACGAAAGCUGAGGUUCGACCCGUCCCUGGAAGCGCACCAGCUAGUGAGAGGGUUCUCGGGUCGAGACCGUCUGCGAAGACGAAGUUUCAAACCACAGACGCCCAUCAUGUCGGGGGACGCUACGCCCGUGGGAUCGGAUACGGAAUCAGAGUACUCUCGUGGAGUGCAUGCUGGCAUCCUUUCGCAGCUCCUCAAACUCCAGCAACGACAGCAAAAAUAUGAUACUUCACAACCUCCCUCGCCCAAUGCCCGUACUCCCAGUGAGUUCCCUGACGGUGGUGACUAUUUCACACCCCCUUCUGGCCUCUCCACGGGCCACACGACCCCCAAGCGGGAAAAGAUCAAAUGGUACAAAAAGGAGGGGAGUCGUUCUGCCGUCUCUCUGAUCGAAGCGGGCCUGCAUCUGGGUGCGUCUGGCGCUCCCCAUCACUCCACCGAAGGGAGAGCAGCGACAGCCCGGUAUCGCGGCCAUCGGAGGUCUGCGAGUAAACCGCGCAUGGAUGACGAAGCGCAGAUCGCUAUCUAUAUCGCCCAGAUCAUCACUCGUCAGAAGUAUCUGAUCAAGCUCUGUCGCUGCUUGAUGAAAUUCGGUGCACCCAGUCACCGGCUGGAGGAGUACAUGCAGAUGACGGCCAAGGCUCUCGAUCUCAGCGCGCAGUUUCUGUACCUACCCAACUUCAUGAUCAUGUCCUUCGACGAUGUCUCCACGCGAACAACGGAGGUCAAGAUGGUGCGAGUGGCACAAGGAGUCGACCUGGCGCGUCUGGAUGACACGCAGGAUGUCUACAAGAACGUCAUCCAUGACAAGAUCAGCGUGGAAGAGGCCAUUGAGCAUCUGGACGAGAUCAUGACGCGGCCAGACAAGUUCCCCACCUGGAUUCUAGUUAUCGUCUACGGACUUGCAAGUGUCGCGGUCGGUCCGUUCGCUUUCGAGGCUCGUCCGAUUGACAUGCCCAUUAUCUUCAUUCUUGGCUGCCUGCUCGGCCUCAUGAAGCUGGUCUUUGCGCCUCGAUCGAGUCUCUAUUCAAACGUGUUCGAAGUGUUCGCCUCCGUCAUUACUUCGUUCCUCUCCCGUGCUUUCGGAAGCAUUCGUAACGGCGUGGUAGAUGGCAAACAGCAGUAUCUGUUCUGCUUCUCUUCCAUGGCACAGUCCUCGAUCGCUCUGAUCCUGCCUGGUUUCCUGGUACUUAGCAGCAGUUUAGAGCUACAGUCCCAUCAGAUCAUCGCAGGUUCCAUUCGUAUGGUCUACUCGAUCAUUUACUCCCUUUUCCUGGGUUACGGAAUCACAGUGGGCACCACCAUCUACGGUCUGAUGGAUUCCCUCGCCAAUCCUAAUACCAGCUGUUCGGGCGCUCCGAUCGGGAAUGAAUACGUCCAGCGGUUCCCGUUCGUCGCGCUCUAUGUCGUCUUCCUUUGUAUCAUCAACCAAGGGAAAUGGAAAGACUUGCCUAUCAUGAUUAUUGUUGCCGUGUCUGGUUACGUCGUCAGCUACUUUAGCAACAAAAAACUGAACUCGAACCCAGAGCUUUCGAAUACUCUUAGCGCUCUGGCUGUUGGCAUCCUCGGGAAUCUUUAUAGUCGAGUAUGGCACGGCCACGCUGCCACUGCUAUCAUGCCGGCCAUCUUCGUGCUGGUUCCUUCUGGUCUGGCGUCGUCCGGUUCUCUGAUCGCCGGUGUGCAGUCCGCUGCAGAGCUGCGCAGCAAUAUCACCGGCAACGCAUCAGCACUCAGCAAUACUUCCACCAACUCUGACAACAGUACUGUCUGGGAUAUUGGAUACGGCAUGAUCCAAGUCGCCGUCGGUAUCACCGUCGGAUUGUUCCUGGCUGCCCUUGUCGUUUACCCAACCGGCAAGCGACGAAGCGGACUUUUUAGCUUCUAG